AUGGUUGAGAUCAGGUACGCCCGUGAGGAAGACUGCCCUCGAAUCGGCGCAGUCAAUGCGGCAGCCUAUGCGACGGGCCUUUUUCUCGCCAACGCGUUCCCGCAGGCCACCCCCGACGAAAGGGCCGAGUACAUGCAUUUCCGUGCCAUGCAGACGCUUCUCGACCCAUCUGUGUGUACACUGGUUGCUAUCGAGGUUGAAACCAACACUAUCGUCGCUGUAGCGCAGUGGAGGGGCAUAUUCUCAGAAGAAAGACAGUCUAUAGUUUUAUCUGAUGAGGGCACUGCAUUUGUAAAGAGGGAAUUCUCUCUAGAGCCGCGCAACCAAGAUGUAAUAAAUGCGUUUCGAGCACUCGUGCAGGCGAAGCGUGAAAGGUACCUCGGCGAUGAAAUAGUUCUCGAUCAACUAUGCACUCACCCUCAAUAUCAAGGCCGGGGAAUCGGGGCGACAAUGCUCCAAUGGGGGAUUAACAAGGCCGACGAAAUGCAAAAAGAUAUCUACCUUGAGGCAACGGCAGCCGCGCGAUCGCUGUACAGCAGGUUGGGGUGGGAGAUGCUUGAGAAGGCUGUUCUUGACUAUGGGCUGUAUGGGGGUGAGGGAGUGGACAAGGUAUAUUUCAUGCGGCGACCGCAUACCAGAUAG